UCUAUAACGCGGCGCUCUUCCCACGUCGCCGCCACCACCACCAGCCGCCUCCGUUCCGAUGGAGUUCUGGGGCCUUGAGGUCAAGCCUGGACAGUCAGUCAAGGUCUCACCUGAAGAUGACUUCUUCCUACAUCUCUCCCAGGGUGCCCUUGGUGAGGUCAAGAAGGAUGACAAGGCGACCAUGUUCGUGAAGGUUGACGACCAGAAGCUCUCCAUUGGGACCCUCUCGAAUGACAAGUUUCCACAGAUCCAGUUUGAUUUGGUCUUUGAGAAGGAGUUUGAGCUCUCGCACACCUCCAAGUCCUCUAGCGUCUUCUUCUCUGGCUACAAGGUCUUCCAGCCUGCUGAAGGAGAUGAGAUGGAUUUUGAUGAUGAUGAUGAAUCUGAAGAUGAAGAGGAGCAAGAGAAGAUUGUUCCAGCCACCAUGGCAAAUGGCAAAACUGAAACAAAGGACAAGGAGCCAAAGCAUGUCAAGAUUGCCGGGUCUGCUGGCGCUGCGAAGCCAAAGCCUGAUGUAAAGGCUGCCGUUGGAAAGAGCAAGAAGGACGAUGACAGUGAUGAUGACGAGAGUGAUGAUGACAGCGACGAUGAUUCUGAGGGAGCGUUGAUUCCCAUGGAUGAUUCUGAUGAUUCGAGCGAGGGUGAUGACAGCUCUUCAGAUGAUGAAGAUGAGAGUGACGAUGAGGAGGAUGAGGAAACACCCAAGAAGCCAGAGUCUGGGAAGAAGAGGGCAGCUGAAACCGUGUUGAAGACACCUUCUUCUGAUAAAAAGAAGGCCAAGAUCGCAACACCCUCGGGCCAAAAGACAGGGGACAAGAAGGGUGCUUCUGUCCAUGUGGCCACCCCGCACCCAGCCAAGAAGGUGGCUGGCAAGACGCCAGCCACCAAUGAGAAGUCGCCCAAGUCUGGUGGGUCUGUCGUGUGCAAGUCCUGCCCCAAGACCUUCAACAGCGAGAACGCCCUGCAAGCCCACUCGAACGCCAAGCACAAGGCUGCUGCCAAGUGAGCGAGAGGAUAGUUCUUGAUUCUUAUCUGCUACCAAGUAAUGCUGUGUUAGGCUUAUAUCUUGUUUUGUCCCAAACCAUGUUGAGUGAAUGUCACGAGAGACAGUUUAGUAGUGGUGUGGUGAAAUGAACCGGAAUGAACAAUGCUGCUGUUAGGAUGCUGUUGUCGUUGGAAUUAUUGUGUGGUUGGUGGAGAUUAUUUUGAAUGG